AGCUGCAGCAGCCACAGCAGCAGCUUCUCAGAGUUGCUGUCACUAGGGCCAGUUUGUGGGACAUAAUUCAGUCAAGCCAUGCUCGCGCUUCCACAGCAUGGCCAGCAAAUCUGGAGAAUGAAGCCCUUCAGUCCUGAGGUUUCCCCAGACCCACCCCAUGCCACUGCAGCCCACCUACUUUACGUCUAUACUCUCUUCCUGACCUUGCUCGACUUGGCCCAAGGCUCCAGAGAUUCCACGGUACCCAACAAGCCAUUCAUCACUAUUUGGAAUGCAGACACUUACUGGUGCCUGAAGAAUUAUGGAGUGGAUGUGGAUGUCAGCGUGUUUGAUGUGAUUGCCAACAAGGAGCAGAGCUUCCAAGGCCCUAACGUGACUAUUUUCUACAGCUGGCAGUUGGGCACCUACCCCUACUACACAUCCACUGGGGAACCCAUAUUUGGUGGCCUGCCCCAGAAUGCCAGCCUGGUUACCCACCUCGCUUGCACAUUCCAGGACAUCAAGGCUGUCAUGCCUGAACCUGACUUCUCAGGACUGGCAGUCAUUGAUUGGGAGGCAUGGCGCCCACGAUGGGCCUUCAACUGGGACAGCAAGGACAUUUAUCGACAGCGCUCAGUGGCACUGGUUCAGGCAGAGCACCCUGACUGGCCAGAAACUUUAGUGGAGGCAGUAGCCCAGGACCAGUUCCAGGAAGCUGCACAGGCCUGGAUGGCAGGCACCCUCCAGCUGGGGCAGAUACUGCGUCCUCAUGGCCUCUGGGGCUACUAUGGCUUCCCUGACUGCUACAACCACAACUUUCUAAGUCCCAACUACACAGGCCAGUGCUCACUAAACAUCCGUGACCAGAACGACCAGCUAGAUUGGUUGUGGAACCAGAGCUAUGCCCUGUAUCCCAGUGUCUACUUGCCUGCAGCACUGAUGGGCACAACAGGGAAGGCACAGCUCUAUGUUCGACACCGAGUGCAAGAGGCAUUCCGUGUAGCUACAGCUUCCAGAGACCCCAAAGUGCCCAUCCUGCCCUAUGUACAGAUCUUCUAUGAAAUGACAAAUCAUCUCCUGCCCCUGGAGGAGCUGGAGCACAGCAUUGGGGAGAGUGCCGCUCAGGGAGCAGCAGGAGUGGUGGUCUGGGUGAGCUCAGAAAAUACCACAACCAAGGAAUCCUGCCAGACCAUUAAAGAGUAUAUGGAUUCCACACUUGGGCCUUUCAUCCUGAACGUGACCAGUGCAGCUCUUCUCUGCAGCGAAGCUCUAUGUUCCGGCCACGGUCGCUGUGCCCGCCGUCCCAGUUAUCCUGAGGCUCUGCUCACCCUCAACCCUGCCAGUUUUUCCAUUCAGAUAACACAUGAUGGCCGGCCCCCCAGCCUCAAGGGUACCCUCUCACUUAAGGAUCAGGCACAGAUGGCUAUGAAAUUCAAAUGUCGAUGCUACAGUGGAUGGUAUGGGAAGUGGUGCGAGAAGCAGGGUAUAUAGUGAUUAGCUGAACCAGACUGCACACACUGAACAACUAACACACCCUGGGCCUACCUAUGACUUCCUCAGACACAGUCACACGCACACAAGUCACAGUCAGGAGCAUGCUCAACCACUGUCACAGUCAUAUGCACACAGGCACACUCACAGGGACAGUCACAGAGUGAAUCAGAAUUAAGGGCAGGCACUAUCAAUUCUGUGCCUAUAAGGAUCAUAGGCAAGUCCUUCAGAAUCUAUGAGUCAGCAGUGACAAAAGCUGACAUUUGUCUUAAUGUCUGCUCUAUGCCAAGCCUUGCGCUAAGUAAGCACAAAAGUGAACUCACUCUUCACAAUUCAAGAAAGACAUACACGGAGAGUGAAUACUUUGUUUGUUUGGUUUAGUUUUUUUUUUGUUGUUGUUGUUGUUUUGUUUUGUUUUGUUGUUGUUGUUGUUUUUCAAGACAGGGUUUCUCUGUAUUGUUUUGGAGCCUGUCCUGGAACUAG